CUCUCUCUCUCUCUCUCUCUCUCUCUCUCUCUCUCUCUCUCUCUCUCUCUUCAUGAUAUGAUAUGGAGACCAAUCCACAGCAACCAGGUAGUAGUCCUCCACCAAAGCCUUGGGAACGAGCUGGUUCCUCAUCUGGUCCUACGCCCUUUAAGCCACCCUCUGUAGGCAAAACAAGUGAUAUUGUAGAGGCAUCUGGAACAUCAACACCCGGUGAACUUGUACCGGCAGCUGACAGGAAUACAGCUACUAAUAUAAACACGGUUGCAAGACCUGUGCCUACUCGGCCUUGGGAGCAGCCACAGACAUAUGGUAGCACUUUUGGAGGUUAUGGUUCUGGUUUAAACUAUAAUUCUGGUUAUGGAACAGGAAUAAAUGGUUCAUAUGGAAUGGGAAUGUAUAGUGGUGGAUUGUAUGGGAACAACAUGUAUAGAGGAGGUUAUGGUGGGCUGUAUGGAGGUGGGAUGUAUGGUGGUGGAAUGUACAACAGUGGCAUCGGAGGCCCAAUGGGUGGGUAUGGAAUGGGCAUGGGGGCCCCAUAUGGAGAACAAGAUCCAAACAAUCCAUUUGGUGCUCCAUCAUCUCCACCCGGCUUCUGGAUUUCCUUGAUGAGAGUGAUGCAAGGUGUUGUAAAUUUCUUUAGCCGAAUUGCAAUGUUGACAGACCAGAGUGUCCAGGCAUGCCACGUGGGUAUUACCGCACUUCUUCAGCUGUUUGAUCGUUCAGGAUUAUUGUACGGAGAAGUUGGAGGGCUAGCUAGAUUUGUGCUGAGAUUAUUAGGAAUCAAAACAAAGCCCAAGAAAGUUGAGCCCCCUAGUGCUGAAGGGCUCCCUGGCCCUCAGAGUCUUCAUGGGAAUCAACACUACAUUGCGGGACCUAAGGCUGCUCCUAGUGGUGCCUGGGACAGUGUAUGGGGUGAGUGAUAAUACAAGUAGAGUUAAUGGGCGCCAAUCACUCCCAUUUUGCUUUGCUCCUAUCCUCCUAUAAGUGAUUGCGGGCAGAGGUCUCUAUGACAACAAAGAGUGCACAGGUAAAAUGAUGCUGCAAUAACCUGUAUAGAGUGCAUAAUUUCCCGGAAUCUCUCAUUUGGGGGAAAAUGGGGUUUUGUUAAGUUGUUGAUACAACUCCGGGUUGGUUAUAAGACUUGAAUGUUAUAGAUUCAUGCCUCAGAAACCUUUCUAGACUAGUAUAGGAUGAGUUUUUUUUUUUUUGGCUUUAUGCUUUGGCAUGAAGAAUUUAGUGCCAAUGAGGCAACACAGUCGUUAAUCCAGAAAUUCAUUCACACAGCAAUAAUAAUGGUUCAUAUUUUGAUUA